UACCACGGCGCCACCGGGGACGCCCAGGGCCACAAGGCCCCGGGCGGACCCCACGCAAGACCGCAAAGGAUGACAGCAGGCAGUCUCCCCAGGUCGAAUAUAAAGGAAUCGGUCCCACGCGCGCCACCGUCCCCGCGCGCCCAGCGGCCUGCCGCGAGGCCCCCAGUGGCCACCCGAGCCUGAAGUCGCUGGCUGCGACGUCCCCCCCACCCCCCGCCUCCAACUCCGCGCGCAAGUGCGAGGCUGCCCGCCGCGCGGCGCACGCUCCGGCCGCUCCCGGCUUCCGCGCAAAACUUCCAUCCUGUUCACUUGAAGUUGUCGCUCCCUUAGAGAGGGGGAAGGAGCUUCGGGGAAAGCUGGGGAGUGACGACUGCGGCUGCGGGGCGCGCGCUCCUUUUCUUUUCUUCUACUUUUCCUUCUGUCGUCAGUCCAGAGUUUUGGCUCCUUUCCUCUCCUCCUCCCCACCUCGGAGCCGGCUUCUCCCCACCUCGGAGCCGGCUUCUCCCCACCGCCAGGCUUUCCCCCAACUUGCGUACGCUGUUUUUUGGGGGUUGGCCGAAGGGGAUGUCCUGUUUUCACCAGAGACACAACGCGAAGGGGAAACUUAGACAUUGGAAGGAACGAGAAUAAAUACCUAAACACGGACGGGAGGAUCCGCGGCUGGGGCAGACACUUGGAUUUCGGGAUCCCGUGUCGACCCGGGCGACGGGAGAUAGUCCAUUUUGAAUUGAAGGAAGCUGCUUCUACUUGGGAGUGGCAGGAGAAGUGAGAAAACCACAUGGAAGACUCCCAGGAUUUAAAUGAACAAUCAGUAAAGAAAACGUGUACGGAUUCCGAUGUUUCAGAACCUCAGAAUUCCAGGUCUAUGGAAAUGCAGGACCUAGCAAGUCCUCAUACUCUUGUUGGAGCUAGUGAUACUGCUGGUAGCUCCAAACUGGAUAAAUCCAAUCUCAGCAGCACAUCAGUCACUACCAAUGGGACGGGAGGGGACAACAUGACUGUUUUAAAUACAGCAGACUGGUUGCUGAGUUGCAACACCCCCUCUUCUGCAACAAUGUCUCUUCUUGCAGUCAAAACAGAGCCCUUGAACAGCAGUGAAACCACAAGCACGACUGGAGAUGGAGCGCUUGACACUUUUACGGGGUCAGUAAUCACAAGCAGUGGCUACAGCCCUAGAUCAGCACAUCAGUACUCCCCGCAGCUCUAUCCUUCCAAGCCCUAUCCACACAUUCUUUCUACACCAGCAGCUCAAACUAUGUCUGCCUACGCAGGCCAGACUCAGUAUUCGGGGAUGCAGCAGCCAGCCGUCUACACAGCCUACUCACAGACAGGACAGCCCUACAGCCUGCCCACCUACGAUUUGGGUGUGAUGUUGCCAGCCAUCAAGACGGAGAGUGGACUUUCCCAAACUCAGUCCCCAUUGCAGAGUGGCUGCCUCAGUUACAGCCCAGGGUUUUCUACUCCACAGCCAGGCCAGACACCGUAUUCUUACCAAAUGCCAGGUUCUAGUUUUGCACCAUCAUCUACUAUUUAUGCAAAUAAUUCAGUUUCCAAUUCAACGAAUUUCAGUGGUUCACAACAGGAUUAUCCAUCCUACACAGCCUUUGGCCAAAACCAGUAUGCUCAGUAUUACUCAGCAUCAACCUAUGGAGCAUACAUGACUUCAAAUAACACAGCUGACGGCACAUCUUCAUCAACCUCCACCUAUCAGUUACAGGAAUCUCUCCCAGGACUGACUAGCCAACCAGGAGAGUUUGAUACUGUGCAGAGCCCCUCCACACCUAUCAAAGAUCUUGAUGACAGAACAUGCAGGAGUUCUGGGUCAAAGUCCAGAGGCAGAGGCCGGAAGAACAACCCCUCCCCGCCUCCCGACAGUGACCUGGAGCGUGUGUUUGUCUGGGAUUUGGAUGAAACCAUCAUUGUUUUCCAUUCACUGCUCACAGGAUCCUAUGCACAGAAAUAUGGCAAGGACCCCCCCAUGGCUGUAACCCUUGGACUCCGAAUGGAGGAAAUGAUCUUUAAUCUUGCUGAUACGCAUUUGUUUUUUAAUGAUUUAGAGGAAUGCGAUCAAGUUCAUAUAGAUGAUGUUUCCUCUGAUGAUAAUGGACAAGACUUAAGUACCUACAGUUUUGCAACUGAUGGCUUCCAUGCAGCUGCAAGUAGUGCAAACCUUUGUUUGCCAACAGGUGUAAGAGGAGGAGUGGACUGGAUGAGGAAGUUGGCUUUUCGUUACAGAAGAGUAAAAGAAUUAUAUAACACCUACAAGAACAAUGUUGGAGGACUCCUUGGCCCUGCCAAGAGGGAUGCGUGGCUGCAGUUAAGGGCAGAGAUUGAAGGCCUGACAGAUUCCUGGCUAACUAAUGCACUGAAGUCUUUAUCAAUUAUUAGUACUAGGAGUAAUUGUGUAAAUGUCUUGGUAACGACGACCCAGCUGAUUCCAGCACUCGCGAAGGUUUUGCUCUAUAGCUUAGGAGGCGCUUUCCAUGAGAAUAUUUACAGUGCAACUAAAAUAGGCAAGGAAAGCUGUUUUGAGCGUAUAGUGUCCAGAUUUGGCACUAACAUAACUUAUAAAGUAGUAUAUGUUGUAAUUGGGGAUGGUGUAGAAGAAGAACAGGCAGCAAAAAAGCACAACAUGCCCUUCUGGAGGAUAUCAAGUCACUCGGACCUCUUGGCUCUACAUCAAGCACUGGAAUUAGAGUAUUUGUAACUGUGUUCUCUAGCUGGAGAUCCGUGGUUUUUUUGUUUUUGUUUUGUUUUUUUACAUUUCAAGUACACUGAAUUUUUAUGUGUGAUUCAAUGCCUCUGGCUCUACACAUAUAAAUUGUCUUAAAGGAUGAAAUCAUAUUUGGAAUGGAAAUUCCAGAAUGAAGAAUUCAGAUUGCUGAAUGGAAUUAAACGUUAGUGCUACAGAAAGGAAACUCUAUGGUCUUACAUCUACAACACUUUAAUGGUUUCUAAAACAAAUCUGUGGAGAUUGCUAUGCACAGAGAAUGAGUCCUAACUGGAAUUCGCAGCUUUAGCAAAGACCUCUCACCCUCCCAGGCAGCGACACCUGUGCUCCGUCUGACAAGGUGGUCACCAACAUUCCUCAAAAUGGGAUCUCUUCUCAGCCCUGAGGUUUGAAUCAGACUUUAGCCUACCUAGCCCAGAAAAUCUGAAUUGGAAUGCACUCAGACUGUAUAAGGACAGUCCUAUCUAGACCUGUAAUUUGUGUAAAUUAUUGAUGAAAAUAAUUUACUGUGACUUUAUUAGCCACUGACUUUGAAAAUGGAUGCAAUUUUUCUUUCAUUUGUC